AUGACGAUCCGCAGCAUCCCGGUGGAGCGCCUGCCCGCGCUCGUGCUCAUCAUGCGCGUGCGCUCCAACACGGAGAUAUACUCCGUCAUCAACGGUAACUACAUGCUCACCUUACGGACGCGCUGGGCGCGGUGCCAGCGUGACAUCCGCAGCAUCCCGGUGGAGCGCCUGCCCGCGCUCGUGCUCAUCAUGCGCGUGCGCUCCAACACGGAGAUAUACUCCGUCAUCAACGGCAACGUGGGCGUGUCAGAACUGGUAGGCGGUCUGAUGGAGGCUCUGGAACGAUUCGCGUCGCAGCGCGACGAAGACGCGCGAAUGGAGCGCGAGCGCGACGCGCGGCAGAAAGUCAAGCGCGAGCAGGACGAGGCCUACCAGCGCAGUCUUGAGGCCGACAGGUAUGCUAUACACUACUUUAGUAUUAAAGCAACGUAG